GGGGUUUCAUUGGUCUCUUUCGAUUGCGAGCUCUCUGAGCCGAUCUCCAUGUCCUUGACAAAUGAUCCAAGCUGAGAUCAUCAUUUGCACAGAUCAGACCUCAAGUCCCAUUGAAGCUUUUGGGGCCGAUGCUACCAGUCAAGAAACGAUUGAACUCAUCCUCAGAGAGUUUCAAGACCUCCGGCCAGAACUGAAUUCUAAUGGAAUUGACACCCAAGUUUACACUGACAAGAUCAACACGGCAGUCACAAACUGGGCGAGUCUUGCGCCUGAGCAGACAAAAGCCAGUGCCAUGGACAUCAGCAGGGGACUCGCCGACGUCGUUUUGAGCGUGGCGAAGACAGUCAAUUCAGGAACUUCAAUCAGCAGAGGGUCGAUCUUGAAUCUUGGUGCUUUGACCAAUAACUGUCUUGACCUCUUGGCCUUUGAUGAUCCUUCUUUGGUUCGCAAAGUUGAUCCCGGUCGAUUCACCCAUGCCGGUCUGGAUGAUGCCAGUCUUCGCCCUCAGACCAACGGGGACAAUGGUGUUUCCGAAGAAGGCGUGGUGGACCAGAACGAAUUGGUGCUGCGCUACCUCGUCGACUUUAAGGCCGUUGCGAAUGCAAGUGAUGGUGACCUGAGCGGUGUACCGCGUUGGGAGGUGCCGACGGGGCCCGAUGGACUCAGACCAUCGUGGGCACAAACUCUGAUCGCGACAGGGGAUCGACUCCUCCAGGAGCCUGAGCCUUCCAACGCGUAGAACCAACUGUCUCUGGCAGUCAGAGCCAAGUCCUUGAGAUAUCUCGUUUGUCAGAUCCCGCGACUGGC